GGCCACAACUGUGCAGGCAAAAAAGGAACAGUGAUUUAAACGGAACCCUAGCUUUCGACGACGUCGUUCCACAAAGGAUGGAAGCCGAAGACGACAUCGGGAGACAUAUGAUGGACGAGAACGAGAUCUAUGCUAACGGCGGCGACGGCGCCGGUGCCGAAACGCAGCGUCAGAGACCAAUAAUCAGCGGAGAGCAGCUCGACGUCGAGGCGUAUGCGGCGUUGUACAGCGGGAGAACGAAAAUUAUGCGGCUUCUUUUCAUCGCCGAGCGAUGCGACAAUGUUUCUAUGCAAUUGGAAGCUUUGAGAAUGGCGUACGAUGAGAUCAAAAAGGGAGAGAAUACUCAUAUUUUCAGGGAUGUUGUUCAGAAAAUUGAUGGGCGUUUGGGCCCUAAUUACGGCCCGGACCCAGCAUGGGCUGAUGCGGUUGAUCGUCGUGCUGAGCAGAGGAGGGAGAAGCUCGAGAACGAACUUAAUGCUUAUAGGACAAAUUUGAUAAAAGAGAGCAUUAGAAUGGGAUACAAUGAUUUUGGUGACUUUUACUAUGCACAUGGUGCACUUGCAGAAGCAUUUAAGAAUUAUGUGCGUACUCGUGAUUACUGUACGACUUCAAAGCAUAUUGUUCAUAUGUGUUUGAAUGCAAUUUUGGUUAGCAUUGAGAUGGGCCAAUUCACACAUGUUACAAGUUACGUCAGCAAAGCAGAGCAGACUCCAGAUGCUGUGGAUGCUGUCACAAGUGCAAAACUGCAUUGUGCCGCUGGGUUAGCACACUUGGAGGGUAAAAAGUACAAGCUUGCUGCUCGCAAGUUCUUGGAAACUGGUCCAGAAUUGGGUAAUAACUAUACAGAAGUAAUAGCGGCUCAGGAUGUUGCAACAUAUGGUGGAUUAUGUGCUCUUGCAAGUUUUGACCGAACAGAACUAAAGAGCAAAGUUAUAGACAACAGUAACUUUAGGAAUUUCUUAGAGCUGGUACCAGAGAUAAGAGAACUUAUUCAGGAUUUCUAUACAAGCCACUAUGCUUCAUGUCUGGAGUACUUGGGAAAUCUGAAAGCUAACCUGUUGCUUGACAUUCAUUUGCAUGACCAUGUGGAGACAUUGUAUGAUCAAAUCCGUAACAAAGCUCUCAUACAGUACACUCAUCCAUUCGUCUCUGUUGAUCUGCGUAUGAUGGCCAAUGCUUUUAAGACUAGUAUUGCUGGACUUGAGAAGGAGCUUGAAGCCUUGAUUACUGAAAAUCAAAUACAGGCUCGAAUUGACUCCCACAAUAAAGUUCUCUAUGCACGGCAUGCGGAUCAGAGAAAUGCCACGUUCCAGAGGGUGCUGCAGACGGGUGGUGAAUUUGACCGGGAUGUGAGGGCUAUGUUAUUGAGAGUAAGCCUCAUGAAGCACGAUUACGCUCUCAAGGCAUCAAGGAAACAGCACUGAAUCACUUGUAAAAUUGGAGCAUGCGGAUGACCAAACUGGUGAAGUUAAGCAAAGUUAUUCCCCAGGAGCGGGAAGGGGAGGAAAAGAAAGGAUCAAGCAUGUUGGACCAGUGAAUCAGUUUUGAUUGUUCAAUGAUGUUGGCAUUGGUAGGGUGCAAAGGGUCCUUCAGUUACAUUCAAACAUUUAAAAUCUCACUUGGUGUUAAUAUUAAUUAGAUCAUUAAUUACACAAGUUGCCAGCCUUUGGUACAUAUUUGUCUCUGGCGGUCUUUGUUCCGUGCUAACUAUCAUUUACUAUUUGGCUAGAUGCUUAGUAACUCUGAUUUGCGUUUGUGAAUAUCGGGUUUGAUUUUUCCCUUGCGAAUGUGUGUGCCGGUCGUGUUUGUUUGUAUUGUUUUUAAGGGCUACACUGCAAAUGUUGUUUGGCAAGUUUGAUUUAUCUGAUUUUGUGGUUGGCUGGUGGAGCCUGUCAA